AACAAUGAAACUAUAAAUAACUAAUUAUUUUAUCACAGUACAAAGUCUUUUUAUUUGGGCCACUAUAUCAAAUAUGCCAUGAAUAUAAAUCACCAAUAAAUAAAAUAAAAUUUGAAUCAUACUUUCAUAAAAAUCUAGUGCAUAAAAUUUGUAACUCAUUAUAACCAAUUAACCAAAGCCCGGUGUUUUCAUUACGACUUAUUCUUUUAAAAUACCAUAUUUUAAUAAAAACCAUGGCAGAUGAUGAACAAGAUCCUAAAGAAUAUAGAUGGGAAACAGGUUAUGAAAAAACCUGGGAGGCUAUUAAAGAGGAUGAAGAUGGUUUGGUCGAAGGAUUGGUGGCAGAGUUUGCACAAAAAGCAGCUCGAAAAGCGGCGACUCCACGUCGCGGUCCUGUUAGACUUGGCAUGAUGCGCCAUUUACUUGUAGCAAUUGAUUGUUCAGAGGCAAUGAACUCACAGGAUCUGAAACCUACUAGAUUUUUGUGUACUCUUAAAUUGUUAGAAAAUUUUGUAGAAGAAUUCUUUGAUCAAAAUCCAUUAAGCCAACUUGGUAUUAUUGCAUUAAAAAAUAAAAGAGCUGAAAAAAUAACAGAACUAUCUGGAAAUGUUAGAAAACAUAUUAAAGCCGUACAAGGGUUAUCUAAUUUAGCUUUAACAGGAGAGCCAUCACUACAAAAUACUCUAGAAGUGGCUGGCAGGACAUUAAGACCUUUGCCUGGCCAUGCAUCUAGAGAACUUCUUGUGUUAUUUGGUUCUUUGACCACAUGUGAUCCCGGAGAUAUUAACACUACCAUACAGACUCUCAAAACUGAUGGAAUAAGGUGUUCUGUCAUUGGGUUGGCAGCAGAAAUUAGAAUUUGUAAAAAAUUGUGUCAAGAUACUGGUGGAGAAUAUGGGGUGGUGCUAGAUGAUGUGCACUACAGGUCUCUUUUGCUGGAGCAGACCUCACCUCCUGCAAGAGCCCGGGCAUUAGAUGCUGGACUUGUAAAGAUGGGGUUCCCCUACACUCCACCAGUCACUCAGCCUGAUGCUGAUCCCCCUAUUACUGUAUGCAUGUGCCACCUGGAAGAGGGUGACGGUGAGGGUGAGGGGGGCGAAGGCCACGUGUGUCCGCAGUGCCGCAGCAAGUACUGCGCUCUGCCGGCGCAGUGUCGCACGUGCGGUCUCACGCUCGCCUCCGCGCCGCACCUCGCCAGAUCAUAUCAUCAUCUAUUUCCUGUAGAGCCAUAUGAAGAGAUAAAAAACGAAGGACAAGCACAGUUCUGUUUCUCUUGCUUAAGAUCUUUUACAGACCUCGAUAAACAGUUGUUCCGCUGCUCGCGAUGCCUGGAGCACUACUGCUGGGAGUGCGAGCACGUGGUGUCGAGCUCGCUGCACGUGUGCGCGGGCUGCGCGUCCCGCCCGCACCUCUACCAGCGCCUGCCCAGCGCCGACUGACCGUCGCGUUCGCGCGGGCCGCGACGAACGGUAGAUCCACCACUAUGGUCUUGUAUACCUUCCCAAAUACGCUGAAAAAAGUGCAAGUUGUUUACCGUUAUCUUCAGUGUGACUUAUCGAGCGGUUGUACCUUUUAACCCAUAUUUAUUUCUUCUCUUCUCUUAUAUCUCUGAUGCCGCCUUACGACUGAAGUAGGUAGUAUAAUAUAUAUAGGUAGUAUAAUAACCGGUACCGUAACGCUAUCGUAGCAUUAAAAACAUGUUUAUUAAUUACAUUUGCAAUAUUAUUAUUACUUUGUAAUAUUAUUUAUAAUAGUUGAAUUAUAAAUGAAGUAUUAAAUGAAAUGUUUUAUUUUAUAAUCCAAAAUUUCUCGAAAUCACUAUAAGGAUUUUUAGUCAAAUGACAUUGAAAGCGUUAUUGUAGACUUAGGAGUUACCAGUUAAUAAAAUCUCCUUACUUUUAGCGAACAUUUCAACUCUCUCUCGAACGUUCAGCUUCAUCUACCUUUUUAGGUUUUUACCAGCUAAGAAAUAAAACUUAUCAACAUUUGCUCGCCCUUAUAAAACUUUUUUGGAGUAUCCCCUUACAAAAACUUUCUUAUUGUUAUUUGACAAUGUGUAUUAGUUAACGAAGAUACUAUUUGCCUACUAUAUUUUAACUGGAAGAACCAACAAGAUCAUAUACACUCUCACAUUCAAUUGCGAAACGACCAAAGCGCCAUAGGUACACAGUGGAACUUCCCCGCCUAUGUGCGAAGCGCUUUAAAUCCACACUUAUUAUUCGCACUGCGAAACUGGAAUGCUUUGCUUGAGUCCAUAUUUCCUGAUAGUUACAAUGUUGGUGUCUUUAAAUCCAGGGUAAACGGUUCCUUCUGGGUAGGCGCGCUACAUCCUAGACCGUGACUAUGCUUAAGAUCAGGCAAGUCAACGGUCAAGCGCUUGCCUAUUAAGUGUAAAAAAAAAGAAACUAGAAGAAAUUCAUUCGUUAACCCGUCAUAACUUGUCUUUGUCACUCUCUUAUGAAUAUAUUGCCAUCGCUUUCGCACAGGUGCAGUGAACUGGGCUAAGGCCUCCUCUCCCUUUUUGAGAAGAAGAUUUUGGAGCUUAUUACCAAAUAAUAAAUGUAUAGUUUUCAUAUUUUGGUAUCGUUUGUAUUUUUUUUGGGUUAUGUAUCAAGUCGACGAUUAAUACUCUUAACGAUUUGCAAUUAAAUAUAAUGUGUAUUAUAUAUAAUUUUGUUUUAUCGUUUAUAUGUAUGGUUAUAAAAUUCAACACACGGUAUGUGAAUAGGAAUGACGUUAUUGUGUUGGGAAUAUUUUUCUACUUAGCCUAACUAUAGCUCAAUAUAUUUUAUAUACCUAUUAUAAAAUUACUUUUUGACUUUAAAAAAGACAUAUGCAUUUAUUGUGAUGCAUAAAUGUGUGAAAAAAAACAUACUUUAUAAUUAAUGUAUAUAUGUUUUAUCAAUUAAAAAAUGUUACUUCGUACAAAAUCAAAUUUUUUGCGCUCGAUUGAACGAGACCGCAUUAAAUUAAGUGACUUAUAGUUAAUUACUUUUUUCUUCGUGAUGAGUGUGUGAUGUAAUAAUUAAUUGUAUCCAUAGACCCAAAUGGAAUGUCAAAACGGUCGUUUGUUACUACGAUCAGUUUCUUUGAUCCAAUUUUUUGCUGUAAAAAAUAUCAUAUAAGGAGAUGUAAAAUAAAAAAG